AUGACCCCCUGGCCCUCCAGCGCCCCCUGGCCCUCCAGCGCCCCCUGGCCCUCCAUCGCCCCCUGGCCCUCCAGCGCCCCCUGGCCCUCCACCGCCCCCUGGACUUCCACCGCCCCCUGGCCCUCCACCGCCCCCUGGCCCUCCACCGCCCCCUGGCCCUCCACCGCCCCCUGGCCCUCCACUGACCCUUACCCUCCACCGCCCCCUAACCCUCCACUGCCCCCUAACCCUCCACCGCCCCCUAACCCUCCACCGCCCCCUAACCCUCCGCCGCUCCCUAACCCUCCACCGCCCCCUAACCCUCCACCGUCCCCUAACCCUCCACCGCCCCCUAACCCUCCACCGCCCCCUAACCCUCCACCGCCCCCUAACCCUCCACCGCCCCCUAACCCUCCACCGCCGCCUAACCCUCCACCGCCGCCUAACCUUCCACCGCCGCCUAACCUUCCACCGCCGCCUAACCCUCCACCGCCGCCUAACCCUCCACCGCCGCCUAACCCUUCACCGCCCACUAACCCUCACCCGCCCCCAAACCCUGCACCCAACCUCCUUCCAUUGCCACUUCGUCCCGCCCCCCCACCGCCACUCUGCCGCCUCUGCCCCCACUCCGCCCCCUGCCCCCACUCUGCCCCCACCCUGCCCCCCUGCCCCCACUCUGCCCCCUGCCCCCUGCCCCCACUCUGCCCCCUGCCCCCACUCUGCCCCCUGCCCCCACUCUGCCCCCCUGCCCCCACUCUGCCCCCUGCCCCCACUCUGCCCCCUGCCCCCACUCUGCCCCCCUGCCCCCACUCUGCCCCCCCUGCCCCCACUCUGCCCCCCUGCCCCCCACUCUGCCCCCCUGCCCCCACUCUGCCCCCUGCCACCACUCUGCCCCCUGCUCCCACUCUGCCCACCUGCCCCCACUCUGCCCCAUCUGCCGCCCCUGCCCCCACUCUGCCCCAUCUGCCACCCCUGCCCCCACUCUGCCCCAUCUGCCGCCCCUGCCCCCUCUCUGCCCCAUCUCCGCCCCUGCCCCCACUCUGCCCAUCUGCCACCCCUGCCCCCACUCUGCCCCAUCUGCCGCCCCUGCCCCCUCUCCACCUUACCCUCUCUCCACCUUACCCCCUCUCCACCUUACCCCCCUCUCCACCUUACCCCUCUUCCCCUUAA